CGCGGAGUCGCGCGGAUCAUCGAUGACAGCCCGAGAGAGAGAUACCGCUUGCCCGCGAUCAUGAUACUACCUGUGCUCGCGAGCAAACCGUUCCCCGGUGAACGUCGCACACGUGAUACCCGAUGUGACGUUCCGGAGCCACCACGUGUCUGCCAGCUAGACCAACAGUAGUCCGCGGACGGACACCGAACACGAUCGCGACGGGUUACUUGUUCUCUCUGAACCGUGCUGCGACCACCACGCGAACCUCCGCGGAAAAAUCCUUUCGUGUUUUAGGCCGUCAUUCUUUCGCGGUUGUUUACGCGGUAUGCUCCUUUGGGUACCUAGUUGAUCUAAUUCGUUCAUCCGCGAAUGUUAUAAUUUCGUUCGUCCGUGAAUGUUCGACGUUUGUGAUCGAUUGUGCGUAUGAAGGAUUUUCGGAGCAAUGAGUGUCGUGUCUUGGAGGACUAACUCGGUUGGUCAACAGUGCUUUGUGUGUGUACUUGUUCAUAUGCGAUGUUGGUAGAGUGUAGCUUCUCGGACGAACGGCGUUGGAUGUAAGGUGCGGCACAAUUUCGGUAGCAGGGUGGACAGAGGAACGGAACGUGUCUGGAGCGGCUUGGCGCUUUGAACGAAGGUACCAUACCGAAGAAGACGAAGAACUCUGAUUACCAUCUUUCCCCCCCUCGUGUACAAGUUCAAUCCUCGCCCCUAACGCAGUUUGAUAACUCACGGUUCUGUAGUGCUCCAGUUUCUCGUUGUUUUAUUUUCCGUUCUAUCGACGAGUCCAGUGUGAUAAGAAGGGAGAAUCAAAUUCAAAUGAUACGCAAGUGGAAUUAAUACGGUGAUGGUGGUGUGAUAUAAGAAAAGAGUGUGCGCGCGCGCGUGUUGUCCGAGAGUGUGGCAGUCAAGGUCUAGAGAAGGUGAUAUAUAUAUAUUAUAUAUGUAAAAAUAAUAUAAAUAAUAUAUCCAAAUGUAAGGACCAGUGUGCAAGUGUGUCCGUACGCAGAUAGAGUACAAAACAAAACGAACGAAUAUAUAAAAAGCGAAAAGAUAUACUCCGGUGGAAAGGGAGAAGAAGAGGCCGGGGAGGAGGCGGAAGAGUAAGUGUAAAGUAAAUAGGUGGCGAAGAAGCAUCGAAGAUAAAGAGAAAAAAGACGAAGAGUGAGAGCACGCUAAAAGACCGAGGGUGGCAUUAGCAGGUGGGCCAGGUGGGACAAGUAGCAUGAGUUCGUACUUCGCGAAUUCGUACAUCCCGGACCUGCGUAAUGGCGGGGUGGAACACCCGCAUCAGCAUCAGCAGCACUACGGUGCCGCCGUCCAGGUGCCCCAGCAAACGCAGUCUGUUCAACAACAGUCCCAGCAAGCCGGGGACCCUUGCGACCCCAGCCUCCUGCGUCAAGGAGUACCUGGCCAUCAUUAUGGGGCAGCGGGCACCCAACAAGAUAUGCCUUAUCCGAGGUUUCCUCCGUACAAUCGGAUGGACAUGCGAAACGCGACCUAUUAUCAGCAUCAACAGGAGCACGGCAGCAUGGACGGGAUGGGUGGUUACAGGUCGACGUCCCCCAGCCCCGGUAUGGGCCACAUGGGACACACACCGACCCCGAACGGACAUCCGUCCACUCCUAUUGUCUACGCGAGUUGCAAGCUUCAAGCGGCCGCGGUCGAUCAUCAGGGUAGCGUGCUCGAUGGACCGGACAGCCCGCCUCUCGUCGAACCCCAGAUGCACCAUCAGAUGCACUCGCAACAUCCUCACAUGCAGCCACAGCAAACGCAGCACCAACAGCAACCGCAACAGCACCAACAUCUUCAGGCACAGCAGCAGCACAUGAUGUAUCAGCAGCAACAACAGACGCAGGCGGCGUCCCAGCAAUCCCAGCCAGGCAUACAUCCGCAGCAACAGCCGCAAGCUCAGCAACAUCAAGGGGUGGUCACGUCGCCGCUUAGUCAGCAACAACAGGGCACUCCUCAAGGCGCGGCCAGUGCCAACCUACCGAGCCCGCUCUACCCGUGGAUGAGAAGUCAAUUCGAGAGGAAACGAGGUCGACAAACGUACACCCGAUACCAGACCCUGGAGCUGGAGAAGGAGUUCCAUUUCAACCGGUAUCUAACCAGGCGGCGACGCAUCGAGAUCGCGCACGCGCUCUGUUUGACGGAGCGACAAAUAAAAAUCUGGUUCCAAAACAGACGGAUGAAAUGGAAGAAGGAGAACAAGACGAAGGGCGAGCCAGGCUCGGGCGACGGGGACACCGAGAUCUCGCCUCAAACGUCGCCACAGGGUUGAGAGUAUCCCGAGGAGUGGAACUUCCAAAGAGGUCUCAUCUCUCUCAGGGUCGUUAAUACCUUGUUUCCAGCACUACCUCCUCCCUCGAUACACACCCCCUCACGCCAUGCCACCCCUGCAAUAUCCGAAAACGAGUCCCCCCACCCAACCACCCCUGCCCCACAUACAGCAAUGACGCUUAUUUUGUCGUGUUAAUCAAGUUGCUCGUACCAAAAAGAUAAAAGAGAAACAAAAGAAAGGAGAAGACAAAGGAUAACGCGUGGAGACGAAAUUUAUUCAACAACAUGAUGGAAGUGAAGACGUGAACGGAACGGGACACACGGGAACGAGUCGGACGAAGAUUUAUGGAGAUCCAGAAUCUUCGAACGAAACCGAACGGAGAGGAAUCGGACAGGAUCGGAUCGAAAGGAAACUGGAUCACAUGCUAAUCAGAACCGCGUUAACCUCUAUUACAUUUAAUCGAAUGUAAUUGUACUAAAGCCUAUAAUGAUAGGGAUAACGGAGAGAAAGAGAGACGGAGCGAAAGGGAAUGAGAGCGAUAGAGAGCGAGAGAAAGAGUGAGUAAGAGAGAAAUAUAUACGUACUUUAAAAUGGCGGAACGUCCCGCGGAAAUUGCAGCGCGAAUGUUUGAAAUUUAACUGUAAAGUAGAGGAUGAAUGUGACCCCGUGAAAGCUUGUAAAGUGAUAUAUAUAUAUACAUAUAAAUAUAUAAAUAUAUAAAUAUUAUAUACAUAUAUAUAUGUAUGAAGAAGAGCAGCGAGAAAAUGAACGAGAGAGAAGGAUGAACGUACGCGAGUGUCAGAAUAUAUAUUUACCGCGUGGAAAAGAAGAAAUAUACCUUUAGGAAAGCGUUUUAUUAUUUAUUCUCUUACGUCGUACACGCGUGUAGAGUCGUAGAGCGGUUAGUUUAAAAUAGCGGGCGAAGGACGGUCGUCCGUCGUGUCUCUGUUUAGCUAGAGUAGUCGAGAAACGGUUUAGCGUUCAUUAGAGAGGAUCGAUCGUUUAGAUAGUUUCCUUUUCCGUUUUUUAUUUCGCGGUGGCUCAGCCAGAGGGUUGCUUAGAACGUGCCAAGUGUGAUUCUUCGCUGGCGGAAGAGAAAGAAGUGACAUCGGCUGCCCGUGCACACUCACGCCUGUUCGAUCGGUGAUAAACAGCGGAGGAAAAAAAAGGACGAGAAAAAUCGAUCACGUCGUGGAACCAGUGAAAUCUCAGUGUGUGCUAUGCAAUUCGUUAAAUUCCAGUGAUUUGUUUGGUGAUCGAUCGGAUCCAACAGUUUCGGCCAAUCGGGGAAAAGUUGUGAACGAAACUCUAAUCUUGUCCGUUAGUGUGCUCUGAACGAAAGGAAAUGGACGCACAGUGUUUCAGGAGCGGGGAGGCCUUCGGCGGAGCAGGAGUCGAGACUCCACGUUUCUUCAUCACAGUGUCAUCGCAAGGUCAGUCAUGCUAAAACAAACAAACAAAUUCUCGUAUUUAAACUUUUGUGGGAAUUUCUUUUUUUUUUGUUAUUCUUUUUUAUUCUUCUCGAUUACACUGUCCGAAGAGACGUGUCGGAAAAGACCCUCUAUAAUUCGAUCUCGUCGAGUGUACAGCUACGAAAUUACGGGUAUAUUGCAUCGCUGUAUAAUUACGCUCGCGAGUACUCUCGAAAGUAAAUCAAAAUGGCGACCGCUCGAAACAGAAGGGUUUCAACGAGAUUACUCGUUCCAGGUUGAGAUGAACUUUUUCUAUACUCGUUUUGUUCGGAGCAAAAUUUCGUAUCUUUCGAUGUUCGUUGCAAACACCUUCUUUCUCGAGACGAGUCGCGUUAAGAAACCGCAUUUCGAAAGACAGCCCCCGAGAAAUCGUGUUCGCUACGUUUUUCUGUUUCUUUGUAAAUGUUCGAAGCAAUGACGAAACAAGAGGGCAAAGGAAGGGGCGAACCCGGUUAGAGAGAUCCUCGAUACGAACGACCAAAACUCGAGGAAUCUUGCGAGUGGUCAUUGAAAAUUUACUGCUGCUCCGCACGACACGAGGCCAAGUUACCAAGUGAUGUAAUUCGUAGCGUAUUUUUGGAAUAGGAUGCUUUCGGCAUGAAACCGCUUGGCACCUUAACGCUUACUCUACCAAAAUAUCAAACAUUUUAUUUUACCAUUUAUGGUACAUAAAUUUUCUUUUUCAUUCUUGGGGAGACAACGUGAUAAAUUAUAUUCUUAUUAAAUGAAUUUUAUUUAAUUUCACAACGUGUUGAAUACCAUGGGGAUCAUGGUGAUCGAUACCUGACUUCAAGUGACACUCGCGAGAGUUACCGAUGAGACAGUAGAAUUAUAUCGUAACGAUUCAUCGAAUACCAUAACGUAAAUACAUUCAUUGAAACAUUCGUAAUUAACCUUUUUUUAUGAAGGACAUUUCCGUCCAUGAGCCAUCGAGUACUUUAGCACUAAGGGUGAUUGCAGGUAAAACCGCGCUUUGUACAUAUAGUUUUUGGAUUUUUUACAAACAUAAGGUUGUAGGAGUAACAUUUAUUUUUACCGAAUGACGCAAAAAUGAAGAUCGGAAAUAGUUCAUUUUGAAACAAUAUCAACACGUAUCACUAGUCAAUUUGUGAUUCCCCAUUUAUAUUCCCUGCAGACUUAACCUUUUCGCUACUAAAACUUGCAAAUUAGAAAAAUGACACGAUGGGAAUUUAUCGAAAAGAAAAUUUGACGAAAUACUCGCGUUUAAAAUUUGAUAAAGAUGGGGAAGAUGGUAGCUAAAGGGUUAAAAAGAAGUAGAUGAAAUAGCGUGAAGCAUUUAGGGUGCCAAGCGGUGAGCAAACGCGCACCAUCUGUCGGCCUGAUCAGUGAAGCUCGCGAUCCCGAUGACGGAUCGACGACGCCGCGCGUCGAUCGUCACGCG